AUGGGACCUCAGAAAUCAGUGACUGAGACGUUGUGCUGUGUUUGGGGAGCCACGUCCCUCGUACCGCCAUGUAUGGACAACACAACAAAAAAUGUCCAUAAGGCUCUCCAAGCCAUCGAACAAAUGCAACUGACUGUGAGAGAGCCAGAGCACGGAAGGGCAAGUUUGUCUGCCAUUACAAAAGUACUCGUGGCCCCGUGGGACAUUGGCCGCCCUGCUCAAAGGAUAAAAAAUGUGAAGACCCUGAACAAAUUAAACUCACCACUGACUAGCGCGCAUAUGUAUGUGCUGCAGCCACGUCCGUCACAAUGA